GUUUUCGUGGAUUUUUGUCGUGUUUUUUAAACUAUUGGUGUACUUGAUAUCGUACUGUAUUUAUUAAAAUCUUUAAGACUACUGCAUAAAGCGCCUUUCCUAGUAAAUUAUAUCAUUAAUAUUGUGACAUUAUGGCUGUAAAUAACGAGGAAUAUGAUCAGUUUGAAGAUGAACCUGAAAACCAAGAAUCACAGACUGGUGAUAAGAAAAAGCGACUGUUUUCAAAAGAAUUACGAUGCAUGAUGUAUGGUUUUGGUGAUGACCAGAAUCCUUAUACAGAAUCUGUUGAUUUAUUAGAAGAUCUUGUUAUAGAAUUCAUUACUGAAAUUACACACAAGGCAAUGGAAAUUGGUCGACAAGGAAGGGUACAAGUGGAAGAUAUUGUGUUUUUGGUGCGCAAAGAUCCUCGUAGGUAUGCUCGUGUCAAAGACUUGCUUACUAUGAAUGAAGAGUUAAAGAAAGCAAGAAAAGCUUUUGAUGAAGUUAAAUAUGCAUCUGUCUAACUUGAAGUGCUACUCUUUCAUUCAUUUUAAGUUUGCUGUACAUAAUUUUGUAGUUUGUCAAAUAAUGUUCUGAUUUUUUACUUA